AUGGCCAAGAACAAACUAAGAGGGCAGAAGUCCAGGAAUGUAUUUCAUAUAGCCAGCCAAAAAAAUUUUAAGACUAAAAACAAAGCAAAACCAGUUAUCACUAAUCUUAAGAAGAUAAACACUGUGAGUGAUGAAAAAGUUAACAGAGUGAAUAAAGCUUUUACAGAUACACAAAGGGAACUUCCACAUUUCUCAAAAGGCCUUUCCCUUGAACCUCUACAGAAACAGCUGAUUCCUCAGCACGACUUUCAGUCAUGA